UGGAGAGAGCCCGGAGCUGUGAAAGGAGCACUCACUGUACCUCUAUGAAUCUAUGUCGUACUAGUCUUCAUCCAAGACGAACUAAUAUAGCGAUAGUGUCAAUUUGGUCAUAUAGAGGAAUCAAUCAAAAAAGAAUAGCUGUUAGUAGUGAUCACUCAUAGCUUAAAGUAUGGUAAUGUUAACAUUAGAUUUUUUUAUUUAUUAAGGCUACAUCGUCCGUUAAGGGGGUAGGCUACAUCGUGGAGUUAAAAGGCGGACCAGUUGUGUCUGUCCUGGUUCUGUCAGAUGAACAAAUCGUAAGAAGUCGACACCACUCACGCAUUUUUCCAGCUGACAGCAUAGUAUUAGCAAAGUAAAGCCCCCCGUCAUGGCGUCUCCAUCAUUUCUCCUCCUCUUCCCCUCCCUGGGUUGGCUGUCUGCUGUGACAUCAUCAGAUCCCUUCGUCCGUGCUCCUCAUUUCACUGGGUGUAAGUCCAGGGAGCAGGUGACGUUUAGCUGUUGGUGGAGCGCCGGAAGCUUCCAGAAUCUCACGGAACCCGGAGCACUGCAAAUGUUCUACUGGAAGAAAAAUGAUUUGACGAAAGAAUGGAGGGAGUGCCCUGACUACUCCUCCUCUGUGAAGAAUGAAUGUUUCUUCAAUAAGAACAACGCAGUUAUCUGGACGACCUACUGUGUGCGACUCAGCUCUAAAAGCCAGAACAUCACCUACGAUGAAUUGUGUUUCGAAUUGCAGGACAUCGUGCACCCUGACCCCCCGGUGGCCCUGAACUGGACGCUGCUGAACGUCAGCCGGUCGGGCCUGAACUAUGACAUCAUGGUGAGCUGGGAACCCCCGCCCUCGGCCGACGUAGCCGUUGGAUGGUUGACACUGGUGUACGAACUCCAGUUCAAGAGGAGGAACAACUCACACUGGAAAGUGUUGGAGCAUGAGUUUGGCACUCAGAAGUCAAUCUACGGCCUUAGCACAGGAGAGGAGUAUGAGGUGCGCGUGCACUGCGCAAUGAGGGCCUUCAAUAACUUUGGGGAGUUCAGUGAUGCCAUCUUUGUCCAUGUGUCAGAGAUUCCCAGUAAAGAGUCCACGUUCACUGUGACUCUGGUCCUGAUCUUCGGGGCUGUGGGCGUGGCCAUUUUCCUUAUGCUCAUCAUCUUCUCUCAGCAGCAGAGACUUAUGGUGAUUCUUCUGCCUCCUGUACCUGCACCCAAAAUCAAAGGGAUUGACCCAGAACUGCUUAAGAAGGGAAAGCUGAAUGAGCUGAACUUCCUUCUGAGUGUUGGUGGUAUGGGGGGUCUCCAUCCCUACCCCCCUGACCUGUACCAGGACGAGUCCUGGAUGGAGUUCAUUGAGCUGGACGCAGACGAGCCUGAGCCUGGGGAGAAGGAGGACAACCAGAGCUCAGACACACAGAGACUGCUGAGCCUGGGUCACAACAACCACCGCACAAACCAUGGCUGCUCUCACACCCUCCGCAUCCCUGAUAAUGACUAUGAUCCAGAGCUGCCUGACCAGGAGACCCUAAUGUUGAUGGCUGCCCUCCUGUCCAGCCAACCAGAAAAAGAUGAACCCUGCCUGGGGAACCGGCGGAGCCACUCAAACCCCCCGGCCCUAGAGGUGCAGGAGGUCCCAUGCCCAAGGCUCCAAGCUCCAGGCUUAGCUCCAGAGGGAGGGGAGAGGCCCCUGGUCCAGACCCAGCUGGGAGGCCCUCAUAGCUGGGUCAACAUAAACGUCUAUGCCCAGGUCAGCGAUGUGAUGCCCGCCGGAGGGGUGGUGCUCUCACCAGGCCAGCAGGUCAGAGCCCCGGAGAACGCUCCAACAACAGAGGAGGAUAAGAAGAAGAAUGGGAAAAUGGAAGGAGGAGAGGAGGAGAGUGAGGAGGAGGAGAGGAGAAAUAAGAAGUUGCCGUCUCAGCUGCUGGUGGUGGAUCCUGAGGCUGGGGGCUACACGACAGAGAGCAGUGGCCAGCAAAUCAGAACCCCUGACCCCUCCUCACCUGGGGAGGUCUACCACGCCUUCCCCCCACCUCCCCCCUAUCUCCUGCAUACCACCCCCCUAGGGAACUAUCAGUCCCUGUACAUCCUUCCCAACUCCCCUGCUCAGUUCCUCCCCCCUGUUUUGGACUACACUGUGGUACAAGAUGUUGACUCCCAGCAUAGCCUUCUCCUCAACCCUCUCCCCCAGAGGUCCCCCUCCUGCCCUCCACAACCCCCCUCCAAGCCCCUGCCCACAAUGCCCAUAGGGUACCUCACCCCGGACCUGUUAGGCAACCUCUUGCCUUAAAAAAAAAACCACCUCCCAGGUGGCCUUGGGGCAUAUAGGUCAGAGUUCACACGCCAGGAAGUCAGUAAUCAUCCCAGACAGACAGUCUUGUUUUACCUGAUCACCGCUGGAAACCAAAUAUGUUACGGGACAGACAGGCACGAUGUUUGUUUGAGAGGGUGAUGGAAGGGAAGCUGGGAAAGAGAAACGUUUAGAUGUUGUGUUUGGGUUUUAUGUAAGUGAUACUGGAACUUGAGGAAGGAGUAAAUUGGCCUUUCUGGUAUGACAGAGCUUAAAGAAAGACUUGUGUUGAACAAAUCUUAGUGUGCUCUGUCUGACUAAGACUGAGACACCCAAAAACCCACUGUCUGAACCCUUUAAAUGCACAGAUUUCUAAUAUAAUGUUACACACAGAUAAACUUAUGCACCACGUAUACGCAGACAAGCUCAGACAUGAUUCUAGUUGGAUGUUAUCUGAUACUUAAAGGUAUCUAUCAUUUGACUGAUCAAGUGCUAUGUAAACAUUUUCCUUGCAGACACACCCAGUCCCACCUUAAUGUUUUCUACUAUGAUCUAUUAUAGAAAUGUCAGAGAGAAGUGAGUAAAGAAACAAGCUCACAUAUAUCAUAUAGCAUAUAGAUGUUUAAUGCUGUAGCAUAUUGGCUUAAGUCUUAACUAUUCUGUAGAUGGAUCAAGUAACAGAAUGUAAUGGAGAAUAACAAGCACAUUUAUACAAUCACACACACGCGCACAGGCACACAUAUACAUCAUCGUUAUCGCCUCAUUAACUGACAGGACACUUAAGUGUGCUGUUUGUCAAACGUACCGCUACAAUAAGUGCAAAGUGACUAUUGGUGGCUAUUGUCGUUCAUUUAGCACUCAUUAUUUUGCUUAGUAGCACAUUGGUCAUGCUUAUAUUUAGCUUUGAAUUCUUGCAGCAGAAUCAUCUAACAGUUACCCGACUGAGGUCACGGUAUUGAACACAGCCAUUAGACAAGCUGUGUGCACUCAAUGUGAAAACUCACUCUGGUUACCAUAAUAAAUGGAGAACAAGGCAGCUCAUAACAGCGAACAGGUUUCAAUUGUGUAAUGAGACAUUAACGAGCACAGACUAGAGUCUCACAGUACAGGAAAGACUGCUUUUGUAUGGUCUACUUACUUUGCCUUCAUUUUAAUUGCAGGGACAAUAACUGAAAAUGUGUAAAGAGGUACUUAGAAUAUGUCUUUCUCUCUGUGUUUCUGUUGUUCUCAAUGUAGUUGCAAUGCCAAUGUUAAUGUGCUGUCGCUCGCGCUUUAUGACAGUGAGAUGAGCCUCUUUUGAUGUAGUGAAACGUACUUAGACACUCAGGGUUUUCUAUAUGCACCCAACUUUGCAAACAUGCCCAAGCAAGCGCGCACACACACACACACACACACACACACACACACACACACACACACACACACACACACACACACACACACACACACACACACACACACACACACACACACGCAAGCACAUACAUACACACCAUUUCAAAACGUGGAAAAGACAGUAUCUACUCUUCUUUUGAGCUGACAUAUACACACGCACACACAUUGUUGUAAAAAAACAACUGGUGGUAAAUUGGAAAUGUACUAGUUUGUGUAUCUGAUCUGCAUUAGUGAUUGACAAGACGCUCCGUAGAUACAGUAGAUUAUACAUGUAUCAUCAGAAGAAAGAUCAUCUUCAUCCCGAAGAGAAACCAUCAGAUCCAGUGGUUGCGUGAGGAGCUAGAGUAUGUGUUUGGUGUUGGACAUUGUACGGUACGGUCAUAAUUGUUCAUAGGCAAUGAACGCUUUAAAGGUGGAUGUGAACCUUUCAGGGCCAUCAUUAUUGGAGAGUCUCGUCUCUUCUGUGUAUGACUGUGGCAUUCUGUCAGAUCCAUUCAGCGUAACACUCUUAGAAAAAAGGGUUCUUCGGCUGUCCCCAUAGGAAAACCCUUUGGUUCCAGGUAGAACCCUUUUGGGUUCAGUGUAGAACCCUCUGUGGAAAGGGUUCUACUUGUUUUUUUUUAACCUUUAUAUAACUAGGCAAGUCAGUUAAGAACAAAUUCUUAUUUACAAUGACGGCCUACCCCGGCUAAACCCGGACGACGCUGGGCCAAUUGUGCGCCGCCCUACGGGACUCCCAAUCACGGCCGGAUGUGAUGCAGCCUGGAUUUAAACCAGGGACUGCAGUGACGCCUCUUCCACUGAGAUGCAGUGUCUUAGACCGCUGCGCCACCUUGGAACCAAAAGGUUUCUACCUAGAACCAAAAAUGGUUCAUCAAAGGAUUCUUCUAUGGGGACAGCAGAAGAACCCUUGUAGGUUCUAGAUAACACCUUUUUUUUCUAAGACUGUACAAACUGCAUCACAAGGACUGAAAGCCUAUCUGUAAGUGCAGAAAAUCUGUUACUAUUUUGUGGUGUUCACUACAGGAGCUCUUGACCAUUACGAUUCAUAAAUAUGAAACAUAUAUUAUGCCGGCACAUUAAGAAUGUUCAGUUCAGAGUUCAAUAUGGACAAUAUCAAUUUUCAGUUGUCAAUUCAUCUAGUCAACAAUUCAUGAAUGAUGUGUUUUUAAACCGAUAAUACCACAACACAACCUGUUCAAGUGUGCCAUUCUCUGGCAUGCUUAUUCUCUCUCGCUCUCUCUGCUUCAUUGAGAAAUGAUUAAGUGAACUGCCGCUGCCGCCAUUGCUGAUGAGACCAGCAUGUAAACAUUGAAACAGAAAUCUACAAGUGCCGUAACAA